AUGCACAUAUCCAUGUCUUCGAACCCCCGAAAGCGAGCAGCCCCAGGAACAUCACCAAACAUGCCGAUGCCAGCUGUGCAACCAUCCUUCCCAAGCCCAACAGGCGACCAGUUUUUGCGAUGGGGAGGAGCAGACGGGAGCGCUCUCGUAGACGGGACCAACCCUCAGCCUGUAAACUCUUAUGGCAUUGUCCCUGGCCAACAACCACAGUUUGUACAGCCUACGCACAGCCCUAAUACCGCUCUUGCUCGGAGACAGAUGAACAGAGCACUUGUGCCUACCGCUGCGAGGCCAAACUAUGAUUCUACAACCGAUCCUUGGUCUUUCGUCGGUGAGGAUUCUUCACUCGUGCAACAACAACAGCAGCAGCAGCAGCAAGCAAACGGCAAUAUCACCGACACCGAUAACGUCGAGGUCUUGGAGGAGAUGGCUCGCAAAGCCAUGAGAGAGGCGCAGCAGAAGCGGAAGCAAAUUCCUCCUUUUGUCCAGAAACUAAGCAGCUUCUUGGAUGACGACAAGAACUCUGAUUUGAUUCGAUGGUCAGAGAAGGGCGAUUCAUUUAUCGUUCUUGAUGAGGACGAGUUCGCGAAGAAGCUGAUUCCAGAUCUGUUCAAGCAUAACAAUUACGCCUCAUUUGUUCGACAGCUCAACAUGUACGGGUUCCACAAGCGCGUCGGCUUAUCAGACAAUUCGAUGCGAGCGAGUGAGCGGAAAAACAAGAGCCCAAGCGAGUACUCAAACCCGUUCUUCCGGCGCGGUCACCCAAACUUGCUUUGGCUCAUCAACAAGCCGAAGAGCGGCAACAAGGGCAAAAAGGGCGCCAAGAAUGCCGAGGUUGAAGGUGAUAGCGAGGAGGAUGGUAUUGUCGAGGAUGGAAUCGCACAAGGCCUCGGUGCCAAUAGCAUUCCGUCGGGAAGGGCUCUUCCGUCGCCGACCGACAUGCCGCUACAAAAGAAGGAGAUGGCCCUUAUUCGCGAAGAGUUGGCAAAACUGCGUGAGCAGCAAAGGUUGAUCAUGACUGCCAUCCAAAGAAUUCAACAAGACAACUCGGCGCUGUACAAUCAGGCAGUUGUCUUCCAGAGCCAACACGACCGGCACCAAAAUUCCAUCAACGCAAUCCUGAACUUUCUGGCCAAUGUCUUUAGGAAGACUCUCGAGGACCAGGCAGGGGCUCAGAGCGUCAAUGACCUUCUCGCGAGUAUUAUCCCGAAUGGCAACAACAACAACAGUACCAACAACUCCGUGCCACAAGGAAGUGUCGUGGAUCUUGGAGAUUACAUCCAGUCGCAGUCGACGGAUGCAAACCACAUAAACCUUGCGAAGCGCAGGCAGGCGCUUCUGCCCCCCAUUCCAAACCAAGGACGCGCCAACACCGUUUCCCCUUCCCCGGCAUCCAGCACUGCUACACCUCAACCCUACGGCGGACGUGAGAUGGGCACGGUAACAGAGCUCUUCGACGCAUCUCCUGGAGACCAUGCAUCGCCCAACAACUACCUGGCUCAAGAGCUAGAAUCCAACCCCCACGAAAGCAUGAUGAAGAUCAUCCAAGACACCAAUGCCAACCACACAUCAAGCAUCGACCUUCCAGAGGUCGUCAACAAUACCCCUGUGACUAUGAGCAACGAUCAGCGCAAUAAAAUGCUCAACAUCAUGGCCGGCCGAACCUCGACACCCUCUGCUGCUCCACCCUCGGCUAAACCAUCCGUCUCAGCCUCGCCCAACCCACCUGCUCCUAGGGUCUCACCCACUCCUGACGCGCCUUCUGUACCUACCACGGCAGGUCUUUCACUGUCGCCAAUCAUGGGUUCUGCCGAGCCUCCGCCUUCUCUGCAACAAAUCAACUUCAACCAGGCAGACCUCGCCGCUCUUCAGCGUAUGCAGGAAGAGCAGGCCGCCAAGCUGGACCACCUCUCGAGCAUGUUGGGACCUUUAAGCCCCUCGGGCCGGAUCCCAGGUAUCGAUGAGAGCGGAGGUGUUACCCAGAGCAACGGCUAUUUCGGCAACGACAUUGAUCUCGACCAAUUCUUGAAUGCCGACGCUUUUCAAGGCGAAGAUGCAUACUCAGGAGUAAACUUUGGUGGUGAUGGAACUGAUUUCAACUUUACUUUGGACGGUACCAAUCCUAACGGCAGCGUGGGCGCCAAUCGCACACCGUCGAGUGAGAGCGGGACUGAGGAAAUCCCGCGUGAUGGCUUUGACGCAUACACUGGCAGCCCUGAUCGUGGUACCAAGCGCCGGCGAGUCGGCUAA